AUGGCGGCAGAAAAUAUUUGUGCUGAUGUGCGACUAGACGAUUUCACAGUCGAAUUAAAACCAGAAGACAUCCCUGGUGCUUCUGUUAAUGACAAAGAUAUCGGAAAGUUAAAUAUUAAUCAACUGAAAUUCUGGCUAAAGUGUCGUAGGGUGAAACAGGGCGGGAAUAAAAAGGAGCUUUUUGGAAGGUAAGCGUACUGCGUUCACACGUGAUGAUGAUCGCUAUGAUUAGUAUGAUUGGGCAAUGUUUGUGUUCGCACAAUAAUUUUGCUUGACUAGUACUCGCUUUUUAGGGUGUGCAAUCUCAAUGCUAUGCCUGAAGUGAGGGAGAAGGUAUUUGACCCUGAUCCAAACAAAGCAUUCACUAAGGCUAAGCUGGCCAAACUCAGGGAAAACGGCAUAAAUUGUUCAAAUGCGGAAGUAGAAAACGAUGCUUCUGCCAGUUUGGGGAAGUUUCCUUCGGAUGACAGUGCUUUCAACAAAGACUUCUCCAUACUACCAGUAUUUGUUCCAACAGAUACCCUAGAUCAUACUCAAAAGUGCGGGAAGUCAACCAAAAAAUCUGUUGAUGGUGACGCUAUUGCUGAGAUGUCAAGUUCGAAAGGACUUCGAAUGGUUUCAUUUGUGCACGAUAUGGAAGUUAGCAAAGCUGGAGAAGGAGAUGUUGUUUAUCUUAGAGCUUUAUGUUGGGCAUUUUAUAGAAAAUGUGUCAAGUACAAAGUUCGAAUGAUUGUAAACCCACGAGGAAGUCCAAAAAUCGUAGCAGCAGAGUGUGACAAAAUUUGUCCUGCUGGACGAAGUGGAUGUUGUUGCCAUGUGAUGGCUGUAAUCUGGAAGUUAGAUGAAAUGUCCAGAAAUAGCAAAUUGCAAAAGCCUACACAGGAUGAUCGUGCAUGUACUUCCAAACCUAGGAAGUGGGGUAUCCCUAGUAGGAGAGAAGUAGAGCAUGAAGCUGUGAUGGCUUCUAAGCUUGUCAAGCCAAGACAUAUUUUAGAUACACCUGGCAGAAAGAGGAGGGGUGUAUUCCCUACCUUAUUUGAUCCACGCCCCAGCAAAUAUAGAAAGCUAUCUCCAGAAUCAGUUGAGAAAUUUAGAGAUAAUUUAAGUGCAACAAAUCCAAGUAUUCCUUUUGCUAAAAUUGCUAAAAUGACCCCUAAUUCUAAUGAUAUUAUUCUUGUAGAUUCUAUAGUUGGUUUAAUUGCAAAAGGUUCUGUACUUGACUUGCAACUUAAGGAUUUCAGUAACAAGACCAAUGAGAGUAAACAGUCUGCUCAAGGAAAAAGCACAUCUGUACUGCAUCCUAAAGCUUUAAUGAACUCAAAUGUGUCUUCCAACACAUUCUCUAAAACACAUGAUACAAGUAAGAGUUUUGAUACUGCAAAAAAUAUUCAGGAAAUUUCACAGGGAAAAUAUCAUAUAAUAUCUCCACCAAAGCAACAACCACUUAGCCUAGAUGAAAUAAGUGAACGGUGUAAGAAAAUUAAGUGUAAACUUUUUGUGUCAGAAAAUGAAAUAAAAAAAAUAGAAAAAGAGACCCGGGGGCAACCUGAUAAUCCGAAGUGGUUUGCCUACAGAUUUGGCCGAGUUACAGCUUCAAAAUGCCACAGGGUGGCUUGUCCACAUAAGUCUAGCACUUCACCUUCCAAAAUUGUAAAAGAGGUUUUAAACUACAACCCUAGUGUCCAAACAAAUGCUAUGAGGGAUGGAAUUAAAAAUGAAAAACUAGCAGUUACUGAUUAUGUAAAAAAAAUGCAACAAGAAGGUCACUGUGACCUUAAAGUUGAAGAUUGUGGUUUUUUUGUAUCAAAACAUCAUGGGUUUAUAGGUGCUUCUCCUGAUGGUCUUGUUACUGAUCCCAGUGUUGAGAAUCCCCUGGGAAUAAUAGAGGUGAAGAAUAUCAUUGUUAAAGACAGUGAAGAUUUAUCAUUAGCUUUAGUAAAAAAAUCAAUAUGUAAAAAAGAUGGGAUGGUUAAUAAGAGGCAUAUGUAUUAUUACCAAAUGCAACAGCAGUUAUAUGUUGUAAACAGAACAUGGUGUGAUUUUGUGGUCAGAGCAAGUAAUGGAGAACUUUAUUGCAAAAGGGUUCCAUAUGAUCCAAAAUGGUGGAUUGAAAAGUUUGCUAAUCUUGAAUUAUUCUAUGAUUCAUACAUUUUGCCAGAAUUGGCCUAUCCUAGACUGAGGGAUGGGCUUGACCGAUAUGAUUUUUCUCAAUAA